ACUGCUCAAACGAUCGCCAUCGGGCCUCCUAGCACCGGAGACUCUGUUUCUUCUGAUGCUGCACUGAACGUGCAGGUUUUGCGUCCAAACAGCAUCAUAGGCUGCCAAGAGGUCGCCAUCGUGAUUUCUAUGGCCCAAUGCACCACAUCCAUCAGCUGCCCCGACCCUUCCGAGCGUCUGGGCACGCCGCUGUACAUAGGGCCCUUCAAUCCUCAACCCCCGCCGUCGCCGUCAUUCGUCUAUCAACAGAACUUCACGGUCAUGGUGCCUGAGUACCUCGAACACGGGAGCUCUGCGAUCCUGAGCUUGACUCACUUGUGUCUCAUUGGGGCUAGUCCUUUCCCGCUGUUGGAGUUCAGGAACGUCACACUGAGCGUU